AUGCAACUCCAAGACUCGCAAUACCUUGGGACCGCAUACGUCCAGGGCGCCGCCUCCGGCCCCCUCAUCGCAAGCAACCUCGAGCUGAGCUUCUGGGGCGGCGUCGACCCGCAGACAAGCCAAGUUAUAGACCGGCACCACCCAUUGAGCGGAAAGUACAUUCAGGGCGCGAUUCUGGCGAUUCCCGGUGGUCGCGGCUCUUGUUCCGGCAGUGGGGUUUUGCUAGAGCUUCUGCUGAGCGGCAAGGGGCCCAAGGCGCUGAUAUUCUCGAGAAGGGAGGACAUUCUGACGCUGGGGGUUGUAGUUGCGGAGGAGAUCUUUCGCAAGUCCAUCCCAGUGGUUGUACUGGAGGCGGAGGAGUUUGCAGAGUUGCUGGAUGCUCGCUAUGUGCUUGUGAAUGGGAGCACGGUUUCGACAUUACAGACUGGUGAUGCGAUGCGCAGCUUUGAGGGCGUUUCCACAGAGCCUCUAGACACAUCACUUGGUUUUGAGAUCGAGUUGUCCGACCAAGACCAUGCAUUUCUGAACGGAGCACAUGGCCGAGCUUCUCAAGCUGCUAUGCGCAUCAUCUUACGCAUGGCCGCCAUGGAGGGAGCCCGCAAGUUGAUAGACAUCACCCAGGUCCACAUCGACGGCUGUGUCUACACGGGACCGGCAUCACUCAGCUUCGCAGAAACGCUACGUGACUGGGGCGGCAAGGUUGUCGUUCCCACCACCCUCAACUCUAUUUCCGUCGACCAACGGCGCUGGCGAGCUCAAGGCGUGCCAUCGGUCUUUGGUGAGGCGGCAGAGAAGCUGGCGACGGCUUACACGGACAUGGGAGCGCUGCCGACAUACACUUGCGCUCCGUAUCUGCUCUCCGGCGCACCCAAACGGGGGGAUCAAGUAGCGUGGGCCGAGUCGAAUGCCGUGGUGUAUGCGAAUAGCGUGCUUGGGUCCAGGACGAUGAAGUAUCCGGACUUUCUCGACAUAUGCAUUGCUUUGACGGGGCGGGCGCCUCAAGGGGGCUUGCAUAUUGAGAGGAACAGGCUGGCUUCGCUUUGUGUGGAGGUGCCUAUCCUUCGAGAAGCUGAUAUUGACGAUUCCUUUUAUCCGUUGCUAGGAUAUCAUGUUGGCGGGAUAGCAGGGAGUCGCAUACCUGUUGUUGUAGGACUUGAGGCUCUGCGCCCUUCGACGGAUGAUCUCAAGGCAUUUGGGGCUGCAUUUGCGACUAUGGCGAGCGCACCGAUGUUUCAUAUUGUGGGCGUGACGCCAGAAGCUGCAACGCUGCAAGACGCGAUAGGGGAGAGAGAAGACGUGGAAAUGAUUCGUUCCAACUUGAGGCAACUUGAACCAGUGUGGAAGACCCUGAACACUGCAGAUGACGAUUCGCCUGUUGAUCUCAUCUCUCUCGGAAACCCCCAUUUCUCAAUCGCCGAAAUGAGAAGACUUGCGAAUCUUUGUCGGGGCCGGACAAAGCGUGAUGGAGUUGCUGUCAUGGUGACAUGCGGAAGGACUACAUACGGUCUGGCAAAUCAAGCAGGGCUCAUCAAUGAACUGCAUCAGUUCGGGGUAGAGGUCAUUACUGACACUUGUUGGUGCAUGAUUGGGGAGCCAGUGAUUCCGAGGACUUCGAGAACGGUCAUGACGAAUUCUGCAAAGUAUGCUCAUUAUGGGCCGGGGCUUACGGGGAAGGGGUUUUAUUUUGGGAGUCUUGAGAGGUGUGUUGAUGCGGCUUGUGAUGGGUAUUAUGAUAAAGGGGCGCCUGCGUUCAUUGGGAGAGGUGGAAUUGAAGGAGAAGAUGGGAGGUGA